UUUCUGCUCCGCACCACCCAUAAAGCUUCCGUCGUGUGAAGGCGAGACCUUUCUACAAUGGCGUCAUCUCCGUCGUCUCCAACAUCUUCUUGCGGUUCUUCUUACUCUUCCCCGUUCUCCUCUCUUCCCAUAAUGUCCCUCAGAACGAAGAUUGUCGAGAAGAUUCAGGAAAAUCGCGUCACCCUCAUCGUUGGGGAGACUGGCUGCGGGAAAAGUUCACAAGUUCCGCAGUUUCUUUUGGAAGAAAACAUGGCACCCAUCCUAUGUACGCAGCCCAGGAGAUUCGCAGUUGUCACUGUUGCUAAAAUGGUUGCAAAAGCUCGUAAUUGUGUCUUGGGAGAAGAAGUUGGAUAUCACAUUGGACAUUCAAGGAACUUAUCAGAGAGGUCAAAGAUUGUAUUUAAAACUGCCGGAGUGUUGCUAGAGGAACUACGAGAGAAGGGUUUGACUGCACUAAAGUACAAGGCUAUUAUUCUCGAUGAAGUGCAUGAAAGAUCUGUAGAGUCUGAUCUCGUUCUCGUCUGUGUGAAGCAGUUUUUAUUAAAAAACAAAGAUCUGAGCGUUGUUUUGAUGUCAGCAACUGCAGAUAUUUCAAGAUACAAGGAGUACUUUAGGGACCUUGGUAGAGGUGACCGAGUUGAAGUUCUUGCAAUCCCUACCUCCAAUCAGAGAACUGUUUUCCAGUGCGGUGUCACAUACCUUGAGCAGGUAGCUAACUCUCUUGGGGUAAGCUCUGAAUUGAUGCAGUCCAUACGUCCUGGUCCGGAUCCUUCCACGGCCAGUGCUAACAUUGGCUCUGAACUGCACAAACUUAUUCAUGAUUUGGUGUUGCAUAUCCAUGAGAAUGAGCCAGAUAUUGAGAAAAGCAUCCUGGUUUUCCUUCCAACAUACUAUUCACUGGAGCAGCAAUAUCGCCUAAUGAAACCUCUUAAGUCAACCUUCAAAGUUCAUAUCUUACAUAGUAGCAUUGAUACUGAACAAGCUCUAAUGGCUAUGAAGAUUUCAAGAUCUCAUCGAAAGGUAAUUUUGGCCACCAACAUUGCUGAAUCAUCCGUGACGAUACCUAAAGUGGCUUUUGUCAUUGACUCAUGCCGAUCCUUACAAGUCUAUUGGAAUAAGUGUCUGAAAAAGGAAGCUACAGAGCUUGUUUGGGUUUCAAAGUCUCAGGCUGAUCAGCGCAAGGGAAGAACUGGUCGAACUUGUGAUGGCAAAGUUUAUAGGUUGGUUACUGGGCCUUUUUUCAAUGGGCUUGAAGAUCAUGAACAUCCUGCUAUUCUGAAAUUAUCCUUGAGGCUUCAAGUCCUUUUGAUUUGCUGUGCUGAGUCUAAAGCUAUAAAUGACCCCAAGGUAUUGUUACGAAAAGCUCUGGAUUCCCCAGAUCCUCAAGUUGUUGAAGAUGCAUUGGAUUUGCUUGUUCGGAUGCAUGCACUGAGAAAGACACCUAGGGGCCGUUAUGAGCCUACAUUCUAUGGACGGUUAAUUGCUAGUUUUCCAUUGUCUUUUGAUGCUUCUGUUCUAGUGCUUAAGUUUGGAGAAAUAGGGAUGUUGCGUGAAGGCAUCUUGCUGGGUAUAAUGAUGGAUAUGCAACCUCUACCCAUUCUUCAUCCAUUUGGAGAGGAAGCUUUGUUCGCCAAGUACAUUGAAUGCUUCUAUGGUGAAAAGACCAUCUUAAAUGGUCGAAAGGAGAGAGAAUUCUUGGGUAACUUCUGUGCUUUUCAGUUUUGGCAGCAUGUUUUCAAGGAUGCAUAUAAUGUCAACCAUUUGAUGCGAGUUCCAAAGAAUGAUGAGGUAAAUCCGGCCACACUCCUGAAUGACCUAAUGCCUGAGCUUGAACAGGAAUGGUGUUCUUCCCAUUAUCUUUUGCGGUCAUCGCUACAACAGGUGUCAGAAAUUUAUGAGGAUAUACUAAGUUCAGUCCAUCGGUUUCGGCCUGAAUUUUUGAGCACAUCUAAUGCCCUACCGAGUUCUACGGAUCCUUAUCAAUUCAAACACACGUGCCUUCUUGAAUAUCAGCCAGAUGUGCAUGCAGAUGUAGUUGCUGCAAAUGAAGAAGGCCUUUCACCAUCAAACGAAUCACAGAAAUGCACUGCUGCACCGUAUGUUGCUUCAAAUCACUUCUACAUUAAUGAUGUGGCACAGAAGUUUGCUACUAUUAUCAAAGAGAUCAGGGCUCAAUAUGCAGAGGAUGCUUCUGGCCAUCAACUGGAAAAUGUGGAUAUCGAUCAUUAUAGUGUAAAUGGGCAGGCUCCUCUUUGUGUAUUUUUCAUUAAUGGGUCAUGCAGCAGAGGCAGUAGUUGUUUCUUUUCCCACUCAUUACAAGCUAAGAGGCCCCAGUGCAAAUUCUUCUUUUCGUUGCAGGGGUGCAGGAAUGGAGAGGCUUGUAAAUUUUCACAUGAUGCGGGUGAUUCAGCGCUAUCAUUCAGGCCAUACUACUGCCUGCCAGAAAAUAAUGGCGUGAAUGCUGCAUCGCUUCUUGACUUGUUUCGGGCAUCUUCUAACGGAUCCAUUCUUAUACUGGAUGACACCGAUUUACAUUUCACCUUUCAUCUUGCUAGCUUCUAUGAUCCAUCGAAAAUAAUUUCUUCAUCAUGUUUGUCGGAAAUGACCAUAUGUGAACCAUCAUUGUCAGGAGUCAGAAUUUUAUGGGGUCUAUGUCAUCCAUACGAGACAAUUAUUGCCAAAGAAGGGCAAAAUCCUAUCCCCUGGAAGGAAAUUGGAUGUGUGCUAUGGUUUCCCUGUUUUGAUGGACUCGGUGAAGAUUUGGAUGGACAGAAGCAUCUCUUACAGAACUUCUUUGAGUAUCUGGCUGUUCGAAUUUUGGCUGACGAAUUGCACGAUGUGCAGGUUAUCAUAACCAUGAACAACCUCAGAUUUUCCCGGCUUCAGGUAGAAAAGUUGGGGAGAGGCUGUUUUUUCUUCCUUACAGAAUCAUUUGCUUUUGACGAAGGCAGCUUUGGAGCAGUACAUGACACCGUUGCCAAUAGGAAGCCAAUAGUGACAUCAAGGCCCGUCUCAUAUGUUUUUGUUCUGCACCGUCCCAGGGACCCUCGCUUUGGUGUUUGUAUAGCUACUCUUAGGGAGCAUCUGAAGGAAAUUCAGAAAAAUUAGGCACGAGCUGUGUGUGAGAGCGAGACUAAGGCUUGGCAGGUCAUUUGUGGAUAUGGCUUUUUAUAUUUACUUUGAAGAUCUUUAUGACCAAGGAUAAAACUUCAGUGAAUACUCAAAUUGUUUUGCUAUUUAACGUUUUAGCAUUACUCUGCUUUAUGACACCCAAGCACGCCUACGCACCUACACGAGUGCAUAUAUGCAUGCGCUCCCUCGUAUGUAUGUAGAAUUUGAUAUAUGAUCCAUAAUUUCCUUUUUUUUUUUUGUUACAACAUAAUUUCUUUUGUUGAUGUAAAUAUUUCGUCACAGUGAAUAUUGAAAGUUUAAUG